AUGGCUUGGUCGACUUACGAGCUCCGUGAUCGCACAGGGGAUGAUGAGGCGACUGCGAAUGCAAUGACCGAUAAAAUGGGAUCAACCCAGACGCAUUCUAUUCCUCAAAACAUGCACAGCGGCAAUAGUGGCAUCAGCUGCAAUAAAGCUGUGUCUUUACGACGCGCUAAACCAAGAGUACAGCAGGACUUAUCCCCAAUAAGUCCUGCAGGUCUUUCGGGCGAGGGAAUAGAACACGAGGCUGAUUGGAGAUUCUUCCCCCAGCCCAUACAGCCUGAGCCUGAGCCCGGGAUCGAAUACAUAACUUACAAGGAAAUGCCGCCCUUACCGCAAACUUCUCAAGUUGAGGAUUUAUCAGACAACAAGGCCGCCUCCCAAGAGACUGGUAGAGGAAACCGUAUUUGUGGAAUUCAACGAAACAAGUUCUGGAUUCUGUUCUGUGCUGUUGCCAUAAUUUUGGUUGUGGGCGGGCUGGCGGCUGCUGUUGGUGUUUUGUCAUAUAAGCUUUCACAUAAAAGAAGUAAUUCUGAGCCAACUUCAAUCCAGCCGUUUCUAAAUGCGACGGGCAUCUCCACCAUCCCGACUGGCUUCCAAAGUUCAGCCACCUCCAUAUCCUCAACGUCUUUCACAACUUCCCUCUUCUUGUCCAUAACGCCCAUGAGCACCACAACCUCAUCGCAAGGACUACCUACCACAUCAACCAGUCUCUCAACGUCAAUCAUUCUCGCCUGCGGACCUCUUGGAAGUUGUAAUGCCACCGGUUGUAAUGGUUAUAACAGCCAGGAAACAAAAUUUGGACAGUGUCAGGCUGGUUCUGAGAGGGGAUGUCCGUGUAUGACUCUUUGUGGGCCACUCUUAGGGCCGUGUAGUGGUUGUGAUGGGUUUAAUGGGACUCUGUUAGUAGACGUCGACACCGAUUUCCUAUUUCUAGCCACCAAGUCUCAACGACCAUCAGAGUACAACCAAUCCCUGUUUCUAGAUCCCAAGCCGGACACCUACACCGGCCAAAUCUCAGACUACAAUAAAGUCCUCGCCAGACUCUUCGAUAUUCCACCGCAUAGAAGUACGAAGAUCUGGCAAACCGUGGCAAUAAGUCAAACUUUUGGCAUUGUUUGGAGCCGCGAGAUAACGGGUUUCAAUGUGAAGUUUUGUUUUGGAGAUUUGUUUGAAUUUUUUGGACUUGAUAGUGUUGGUAUUGGUGGGGAUAAGGGGAGAUUAGGCUGUUUUCUUGCGCGGAUGAAGGAGACUGAACUUGAGGAUCUUGAUGAAUCGAUGAUGACAACAUGGUUGAUGGGGUGUGGUGGUGAGGGUCGGCGGCGGAAGUUGGAGAGGAGGGUUAUUGAGGAGCGAAGUGAUUGUAGGUUGUUAAGAACUUAG